CGCUUUGUACCCGGAAGACUUUGUAAACAAACGGCAUUUGAGUACAAAAUAAGGAAGAGGAUGUUGUUAAAAUGUCAUGAUGAAAACCGUAAUCGUGUAAAUAAAACGGCAAAAUAUUUCAGAUAACAACAUGGAAGACGACGAGAGGACACAGCUCGGAGGAAACCCGAACUGGAUGUCCCGUUUGCCGGAGGAGCUGCUUGAUGUCCCGCUGUGGAACCUGGCUAUACCCGGGAGCCAUGACAGCAUGUCUUUCUGUCUGGACGUGUCCUCUCCUGUCCUGAGAUCAGAGCCCUGCCUCCUCAGGGUGAGUGACAGGCUGUUCCCCUGCUGGACUCGACCCUGCGUCUCCCGCUGGGCCACCACGCAGCAGUCUGUCCUCUGUGACCAGUGUGAUCUCGGUGUUCGUUUCUUGGAUCUGCGCAUCGCCACGAAGCCAAAAGGAGGCCGAACUCUGUUCUUUGCCCACGGCAUCUACACAGUGAUGACCGUGCAGGAGGCUCUGGAUGAACUGGCUACCUGGUUGGACGAUCAUCCAAAAGAGAUCGUAAUCAUUUCCUGCUCGCAUUUUGAAUCGCUGACUGAUGAAGAUCACGGUCGCCUGGUGGACUUCAUCAUCACGCUGUUCGGGAAGAAACUCUGCUCCCCACAGGACGCUCCCACUCUGCGGUCCUGUUGGUCCAGAGGUCAGCAGGUCAUUGUUUCCUAUGGUGACCAGCAGAUGGUGCUGCAGCACCCUGAGCUGUGGACUGAAAUACCCUACUGGUAUGCCGACAGCCCAGACCCGAAGAAGGUGAUCGCCUACUUGGAGGACCAGAAGAGCAGAGGAAGACCAGCUGGUUUUUACGUCAGCGGUCUGAACCUGACAGAGGACGCUCCUUACGUCCUCCUCCAUCCCUUCCAGAACAUGAGGAAGAUGACGAUGAGGGCUCUCUCGUUCCUGUUGCGCUGGGCGAGCGAGCAGCGGCCGGGCAGCGAGGAGAGCGGAGUCAACAUCCUGUGCUGCGACUUUGUGGACGCCAGUCAGUUCUGCUCACUUGUGAUUGGCCUGAACUACAAACUGCCAGGCAAAGCCGGCACAGCCGUCGCCUGACCUGUCUGCAGGAUGCUGGGAACAGAUGGGUGUUGCCAUAGCAACCGGGCUGGCAAUCUUUUUUUCUCAGAAAAAGCACAAAUGAUUAUUUUACCUCUCAAAUAUAUCUCAUGUGAUUAUGUUGCAUUUUCUAUGUUUACAUUACGCACUAAAUCAUCACAGUAUUAUUUUCAAUUUGUCCACAGUAUUCCUAUUUCUUCCUGUUGUGUUGGAAUUUUGUACAAACUUUUUUGAUUUCUUUUCCUAUUUUGGAAUAUAUGCUUUGAUACAUGAUAUAAAUACUU